CUGAAAGCGAUAGGCAGCAACACAUCAUGAGAGAAUGACGCAAAAGCAGCAUUCGACAAGGCAACGAUGCUCCUAACUUAGUUACUUCCUGAUGCGUUACUGUGUCUCUAGUAAAUGAGUAAAAUGUGCCAUUGCUGGAGAUAAACAGUGUCUCUGGAGUAAAUGGAGUUGACAAUACGAGCCUUUUGGAGAGACAUAUGCUACCUCUGAACGAAGUGUUGUAGGCUGUGAGUGUUGGUAAUGGAGGACAAUCAGUGUGGGGACUUGGACUACCUCAUCCAAGAUGAGGACACCCUCAUUGAGGGUAUCAGCAACCAGGUCUUAUUUGUUGUGGUGCUCAGUAUUGCCUUCCUCGCAGGCCUCCUUACUCUGCUCUGCCGACAAGACGAGCAGAACAUUCAUCCUGAGAAUCAGGAGCAUGUUCGAGCUGUCAGACAACAACUACAAACAGAGCAGGUAAAUGAUGAAAAUCCUCAGCCGGAGGCCAGGCAGCAGUAUUACACAGAUAUGUCCUGCCCCGUGUGUUUACAGCAGGCUGUUCUGCCUGUGGAGACCAACUGUGGACAUCUUUUCUGUGGUUCCUGUAUCAUAGCCUACUGGAGGUAUGGCACCUGGCUGGGUGCUAUUAACUGCCCCAUCUGCAGACAAAUGGUGACAUUGCUCUUCCCACUAUUUCAUGAGCAUGCUGCUCCUCAGAGGGUCCAAGAUGGUGAGGCAGAACCUGUGCUUAUUUUAAGAGACAUCAACGAUUACAACCGCAGGUUCUCAGGCCAGCCAAGAUCUUAUAUGGACAGGCUGCGAGAUGUGCCCACCCUACUCCGUCAUGCCUUUAGAGAAAUGUUCUCUGUAGGUGGCCUCUUCUGGAUGUUCAGGAUCCGAAUUCUCCUCUGCCUGGUUGGCGCGAUCACAUACCUGGCCUCGCCACUUGAUAUCCUCCCAGAGGCACUUUUCGGUCUCCUGGGAUUCAUGGACGAUUUCUUUGUAAUCCUUCUCCUCUUUGUGUAUAUCUCGAUCAUGUACAGAGAGGUGGUCACACAGAGACUGAACGGCUAGCUACCUGUGUCUGAAAGAGGCCUCAACUUGCUGAUAUCAGGCUUGGCGGGGGGCAAGUGAACUCUGAUGUGGUGGACAUGUAAGACUGAAUAAAUUAUCAAAGGACAGUUCAUCAAUAAUGCUGGUUCACCCAGCAGGGUUGAAGUUACUUCAUUACUGGAGAGGGCUUCACAAAAUCUAAAUGUCAACUCUUCACGUAGAAUAUACCAUUAAUGGUUCAUAGGUUGAAUCAGAGCAAUGCCAACAACUAUAAAAUACAUGGAAGGACCGAUUGGGAUAUAAUGGUGUGAAUAUCUACUGUACUUUAAGUGAGACACAGCAGUAAGCCAAGAAAAUCCUUUAGGCCCAUUCAGGUACUCAAGGGACACCCCUUGCUGAAUGGGUAGCAUUGCCAAAAGCAAUCAUUUGGGCAGGGUGCCAUCAUAGACAUUUGUGUAAUAUAAUGUAAUCUUAUUUACAGCAUUGUUUAAAGAGAAGGAGUGACUAUUGAUGGCAGUGUCUUGAUUAUAUGCAUUUAAAGUUGUCUGUCUGCUGCAUUCAGAUUGUGCCAGACAAAGGAGUGUUAAAAAACCUCGUCAUACUGUGGCUAUUACAGUCUGUUCAGUCAAUUACACUGAUAAUGCACUUAUAUACUGUAUGUACCCUGGUGACUAUGCAUAUACAUUUGACUUGAAAGACACAGCUUCCCAUUUUUGUACAAUAAUCAUUUUACCCAGAACGGUUUAAAUUUAUUGAUCAAAUCUGGUGAAAUCUAAAACUUUGAACUGAUUGUGUUACGUAAUGACCUCUCAGUUGGCAGAUUGUUAUUCAAUAAAUUUAAAAAAAAGUAAUCCUACAAUCAUAACAAAAAGUCAAAGGUAUCAAACAGUGAUUAUAGGUGUUGAAUGUAAUUUCCCUUAAGUUAUGAAUGUUAACUUCUCAUCUCAAAGUUUUACCUUGCCACUCUUAAGAUCAUUUUGACUUAAAGAUUUUUGCCUCCUGUGCAGAUCUUCCAGCCCUCAUCAGUGAAGAACUCCAUGCACCCCACAAUGGUUUUCAGACUCUGCAUUUCAUUUUUGGAACAUCUGUGUUCUACCUUUUUUAACCUGUGUAUAUAAAUUGAAAAAAUGAAUGAAUAAUAAGAAGUAAACAUGUUCAUCAGAUUCAUUUUUUCUACAUAUUUUCCACAUAAAUGGUUUAUAUGCAUUUGGAGAAGG